UUACGACACUGCUUCUUUGACGGGAAUUGGGCGGUCCUACGUGGUAUGAGGCAGGGCGCUUACCCAAAAUAUGUUGCGUAUUAAACUUUGACCAUCUUUUUUUCACAAAUUAAUGGUGUCGAUAUCAGAAAACACAUCGACUAACGCUGACUCAAAUUAGGGAAAAUGUCUGCGGGAAGGCUUCCACUGUUGAUGCUAGCCUUUCUGGCGUCUGCUUCAUCAACAUCAGGAGAAAUUACCAGCCAUUUGGUAAUAACGCCACAGUCUCCAGUGAUCCAGAUUGGGACCAACUUCACAGCUACGUGUGUGAUCACUGACACGGCUGAAACAACAGCAGAUGAUCUCUACUGGAAUCUUUCCCAGAUUAUUAUCCCCAAGAAUCAGUACACUAAGAUCAACGAAUCAGCACUUAGUGUCACUAUCCUUGUGAACAGCGAAAAGCCAGAAUGGUUAUACUGCCGCAGCAGGGAAAAAUCUCCCUACAUUUCCGUAAACAAGGGCAAAUUUAUUCAUGGGAUCCUUCUUACGAAAGUCUAUCCUCCAGACAAACCUACGAAUCUGACAUGUAUCGCAACUCAGGUGAAAGCUUUUAUCUUUUCAAACUUGAAGUGUUUUUGGGAAACCGCAGGAUACCACACCAAGGAAAUGUCACCGACGACGUAUACUCUGCAUGUUGAACAUAUGAUCGAUCAGGUCUACAAUGUGUCAACAAAAGGAAAUAGCGCUCAAGUGUCAAUGGGUGUUUUCCCUUUUCACUUGUUACUGGAUGUUUGGGUAGUGGCCCACAAUCAUCUGGGAAGUAAGGAAUCCGAACAUCUUAAAAAAGAUGCUGAUUGGUUUGUUAAAACAAACCCUCCAUCUGGUGUGAAAGUCCUUCCGGAUGAAACACUUCCCACUUCUCUUCUCAUAAACUGGACCCCCCCAAUUGUCAAAGACUAUUUCAUAUUAAAGUAUCAUAUCAGGUACUGCCUGAAUGGAUCUGACAAUUGGAUUAACGUACCUGAUGUGGAUAUUGCUGAAGACAUACAGUCAUUCAGACUCCAAAACCUACAACCAGACGCAGUCUAUGCCAUUCAAAUACGCUGUAAAAACACUAAAAAGGACCACGGAUAUUGGAGUGACUGGAGUCCCAGAGUUACCAAAGAAACACCUGAAGACCGACCAACAAGUAAACCUGAUUUAUGGACAAUAAUUGCUGACAGUGAACAUAAAAAUGAGCGAGAAGUGACGUUGAUUUGCAGGGAUCCUGUGUUUUCCAAUGGAAGGAUAACAAGCUUCAACCUAGAGAUUCAAACCCAAAAAGAAAAUAUUAGAAAUGGAAGUAUGGCUUGGGACUAUAUCUCUGUCAACCGGUCAGUGGCAGACAGCUCCCAGAGUCAAAUGGUUACGAUCUUGAAAAAGAUUUCCCUGCCGUACCAGAGCUAUAUGAUGGUGCACGUCACCGCCAUCAAUUCUGUUGGGACUUCUCCUCAAGCAUCACUUGGAAUCCCAGUGAAAACUCAUGAGCGCAACCUAGUGGAAAACCUUAAGGUGUGGCCACAAGAAGGACAACUUUUCCUAAAAUGGAAUGUCACCAACAAUACAAGUGUAACAGAAUUUAUCGUUGAGUGGGUCAGCGGUAUUGACAUUGACUGGCAGAGGGAAAAAAGAAACACCCGACAAGCUGCCUUAAAAGGCAACAUUGAGAAAUUUAUUUGCUACAAGAUAUCUGUGUAUCCAAUAUACAAUGGAUGGAAGGGCAAGCCAGCCACAAUUGAAGCUUUUCUUGAAGAAGGAGCUCCUUUGGAAGGUCCUUCUGUUCGACUGAAUGUUAAACCGGGGCGAAAUGAGGCAGAAUUGGUUUGGAAUGGAAUACCCUUACACAAACGACAAGGCUUCAUCACAAAUUACACAAUUUUCUAUUCAAGCGGCAAUGAAAUACGUGAAAUCACAGUGCCAGCUAACAUCACCUCAUAUGUACUGACGUCACUAACAGGCAACACCAAGUAUGACACUUGGAUCAGGGCGUCCACCAUUCGAGGAUCAGCUAAUGGAACAAACCACUCAUUUACCACACUGAAAUAUGCCCCGGGGGAGAUCGAGAUGAUUGUGGUUGGAGUGAGUCUCAGCUUUCUCUUCGUUGUUCUCAUGACCAUGUUGCUAUGUAUCUACAAAAGAGACAUGAUCAAGAAGAACUUUUGGCCUUGGAUCCCAAACCCUGGAGAGAGCACCAUUGUAAACUGGUCUCCUGACUAUCCUUUAAAACCAGAGACACCAAAGGAGAACUGUCUGUCGGACAUCAGUGUGCUUGAUAUGGACGUCAAUGAUGACAAGUCAGUGUUGGAGGAAGACAAAACUAUCCUGGCUCUCAAGAAAGACAAGUAUCUGUCUGAAGAGCACAGUAGCGGUAUUGGAGGCUCCUCUUGCAUGUCUUCACCUCGUCAGAGUGUGUCGGACAGCGAUGAGGGUGGUGAGAUUGCUGAUACCACAGCCAGCACUGUUCAGUACUCUUCAGUGGUGGCCUCCAGUGGUUACAAGGGUCAGACCCCGUGCGUCCCACCUCAGCAGGUAAUUUUUUCACGUUCCGAGUCCACACAGCCUCUUCUGGACUCAGAGGAGAACCCGGACAUAGUGCAGGAGGGCAGCAGACAGUCGCAGUUGUUUCCUCAAUCGCCUUGCUUCACACACACUGCGUGGAACCAAGACGGUGCCAGCUCAUCUAAGUUCAACCAGCUUGAGAUGGAGCCACAGGAGGCCCUGUUGUCUCUGGACUUGUGUCCCUUGGCAGAAGACUCUGUGCUAACAACACCUGCAGAUCGCCAAUCAGCACCAUUGUCCAGCUACAUGCCACAACUUUGUGGCUACAGGUCACAGUAAGAGCACUGACAGAUAGGUGGUCUCGGGAUGGGCAAUAUGACCUAAACUUUAUUUUGCAAUAUGUAUAGCAGUGUCCUGCGAUAACAAUGUAUGUUACAAUGUAUUAUUUGGUAUACAAAUGAUUAUAGAACCAUUUCAAAACAGGUUACAAAGGCUUGUAAUUGGGCAGCUGACAUGCGAUAACGUAUUGUAUAAUUUCCAUUUGUAAGAUUUUCUCAAAACUUUUAGUAAUAUACUUACUUAGUAACUGCUAAUAGAUGGUUCUUUUCUGUUGUAACAUGGUUCUAUCUACAUUACAUUGUUUAAAUAUAAUACGCACUUAUUCAUCUGUUGUUUGAUACUUUACAUUAGUUUUGAGUAAUACUACAAAUGUGGUAUCGAGCCAAUACCAUGUAGUGAAAGGGGGGCAGUAUUGUCCAUUUGAUAGUUCACAUUUUGAAGAUCUCUGAAUGAUUCUAUUUUUGAUCCCAAUUAUAUUCAGACAAAAUACACGAUGAUAGUGUAACAAUAUCAAAGUAAUAUUUUUGGUAUUUCUUACUAUUAACUCUGAUUUAAAUAUGUGUUUUGCCCUUGAAGCCCUCUUGUGCCCAGGGACUUAAUUUCUAGGUUUGUAAACAAUAAGAAAAACAUAAAAUUAUUUUUUUGAUGAUAAAAAAUACCGUAUAUUGGUAUUGUUACUGUCAAUCCUAAUUUACUGUUUGUAUCGAUCCACCCACCUUUGCUCACAUUCAAGACCUUUAUCUUGCGGUUAGUUAAGUGUGUGGUGUAGCAUGUUUAGCUAUUCCUCUUCCUCCAGGGAGGAUACUUGUAAGAAAUGUACUUUAUUUGCCACCAUAAAGGUGAGGAUCUCUGACUUAAAAGUGGCUGUGCACUGUGUCAAGGCGUUAGUCGCUGGCAAAAAUGCGGCAGCAUGUUGAGAACGCGUUUGAUCACUUUUUGCUAUCAAAUUCGCGGCACAAAUCUAGAAUGUGUCAUCAACAUGCAUAAUCAUGAUAUAACGAUAGUAUCAAAAGCUCUAUUGUCUAUAUCGCGCAACCCUAAAGUGGUCUACACAUGUGAAUAUAUAUGUGGGCCUGUUGAUUUCAAGUUUUCUAAGUUGUCACCAUUACGCCUAAUUUUUGCUCUUAACUAUGCAGAACUACACUGCUCCAAAAAAUAAAGGGAGUACUUAAAUUACUUAUCCAAGAUCCCAAUUUCGAAUUUCAGUUAAAACUAUCAAUAAGACACAGACGCAGGGACACAAUUUGGAUUUCAGAAAUGGGGGGGACACAACUGGCUUGAGGACAGGUGAUGUGUGGUUUGAAGUGUUCAACACAUUUUUUUUUCUUUUGUGUAAAACAAUUUCAAUGGUAUUGGACUCCAUCCUAAAUUUAUUUAGAUGCAUUGUUUAGAUUACCGUAAUUUCCGGACUAUAAGCCGCACAUGACUAUAAGCCGCACCAGCUAAAUUUAGGGGAAAAUACAGAUUGCUCCAUAUAUAAGCCGCACCCGACUAUAAGCCGCAGGGUUUUGAUGUGUAAUUACCGUAGUAUAUAGGGGUUCCUGCUACCACGGAGGGGAUUGUCGGGACAGAGAUGACUGUUUGGGAACGCAAAGCGUCCCAUUUAUUAACAAUAAAUCUUUCAAUCAUUCAAUCAAACUUUCACAUCUCUGACAUGGCGAACAGCAUUCGUGCAGAGUACAAAUAAUACAACGGUGCAAAGUAAUACAAAUUGCUCGCCUGUACGUUAUCAAAAUAAACAGCCUACCGGUAUAUGAAAAGUCAGUCUUUAAUCAUUGUGUCAUCGUCUUCCUCCUGCGUACUAAAACCACCGAAAUCCUCUUCGUCGGUGUCGGAGAAGAACAGGCCGUAAAUAAGCCGCACCCUUGUAUAAGCCGCAGGGACCAGAACGAGGGGAAAAAGUAGCGGCUUAUAGUCCGGAAAUUACGGUAUUAGGAAUACAUGAUUCAAAUCUAUGAAUAUAUGUAUAUAUCCAUCCAUCCAUUUAUUUUCUACCGCUUGUCCCUUUUUUGGGGGGGGGGGUGCCGGAGCCUAUCUCAGCUGCAUUCGGGCGGAAGGCGGGGUAUAUAUAUAUAUAUUUAAUUAGUGCAAAAUAACACAAUUAACACAUUAAUUUUGUGCUUAUAUCCACUCCCUUCAACAUGUGAUUAAGUUAAUUAGAUGACAAAUGUUCACCUGAGUAAUCUCCUUUUUAGAACCAAAAUAGGGCAUCAGUCAGCUAGCUUUUGUACAGUCUGUGGUGCGCUACAGUAGCUGAAGUCCUCAGUUUGUUCUAGGUCAGGGAAACAAGUGGGCCGGUCAAUACCAUUAAUUAUUUUAUUUUUCAGAAACUGCUGACACUUAAAUGUGCCAUUUAGACAUUACCCUCAACCAGAAUGAGCCCACUGCCAUUAUACGGUCUGACAAUGGGUCUGGGUAUCUUCUUAAUGUGUGACUCAAAUGAGGGAGUUGGGUCGAAGAUAAUACAGAGAUUCUUUAUGGAGUCGCUUUUGUAUAAUUGUUUUGCUGGUGUCCUACAGGACCAAAUAUCAACAUUUACAUUUUCAUAGUGUUACGAUGAAAAGUUGCUGCACAUCCAUUGUUUGAUUUUAAUUAAGACACGCCUCUAGAUGACUACAGGCGUGUUGGUCAGCUUUAGGGGCAUGUAAAGUUGGGUGUCAUCAGCAAAACAGUGAAAGCUAACACUGUAUUUGCGUAUGAUGUCACCGAGCGGCAGCAUAUGAAGAGUGCAGGGCCAAGAACCGAACCCUGUGGAACUCCGCACGAUCCCUUAACAUACUCUGAGGUCAUGUUAUGGGAGACUUAGCAUCCUGUCAGUAAGAUACGAGUUAAAUCAAGAAAAGGCUAAGUCUGACAUAUCAAUAAGUUUUUUGACACAUGCUAAUAGAAUGUUAUGAUCGUCAGUAUCAAAAGCUGCGCUGAGAUCAAGUAACAGCAACAUGGAUGAUGCAUCAGCAUCCAUAGUUAGGAUCAGUUAUCGCAAUUGCUGGCUUUACCUUAUGCCAGAAACGGCACACAAGUCUGACUGUGUAUCUCGCUUACCGUCCUUGUUUUAUACCAGUCCUUCUCAAAUAAUGGGGGCACGGUGCUAUGCCAGGGGGGCGCACGAGACCUCUGGAACAUGUUUUUUUUUGCCGUACCAGAAUAGGAUGUAGCGUAUGUAAUGCUUGGCUUCACUGUAACCACGGUGGGAGAUUAGGAAAGACCGAUUGGAAGAGUGAUUGUUUCCAUCAAUGUUAAUAAGCUUACAAUGUUAGGCAGAGGUAUAGUUGACUUAAAUUUUUAUAGACAAAAUAUACUAUUUAUAGUCACGGAGGUGAGUGGGGGGCCAUAACAGAAAAUGUUUUAGAAGCACUGUUUUAUACCAAUAACAUAUCACUGUCACAUCAAGUCAUGCCUAAGGUUUCUUUGGUGAUCUCCUAAAUGUAGUAACCACAUGAUUAACAUUCCUGACCCUGUCACUACUGUCACCAUCCUGUUUGUUAUGAACACCACACUUUUUUCUUGCAAGCACUUUGUUUAAAAUACUUACAUGGCUAGGUACAAAGCCUUGUGUUCUUAUAGUUCCGUAAAGAGCAUGUAAAUACAAUUGUUACUCAAGUCAUGAAAUUUUGAAGUAUUUUUUUGUUAGUUUUAAUUACAGGAAAAAAUAACAUUUCAUAAUGAAUGUGUGUUGGAAAUAAAACAAUGGUUAAUUUAAUACCAAAUCACAUUCAUAGUUGACAUAUUGUGGGUAGAAAUCUUCAGGUAUAGUACUUUCCCCACAUCAUUCAUCAAUAGUUUUUAUUUAUUGCAUUCAAGUUUAUGUCUUGGCAAGAAAUAGUCAAUCAAUGGCGAAAAUUGUUUUACAUGCUUUUGAUUAUAUUAAUUCAACAGAACAGUAAACAAGUGUAUGCAGUAAAUAAACAUGUUCUCUAAUACAGUGUUUUUCAACCACUCCGCCGCUGCACACUAGUGUACCGUGAAAUACAGUCUGGUGUGCCGUGGUAGAUUAUGUAAUUUCACCUAAUUUGGUUUAAAAAUAUUUUUUGCAAACCGGUAACUAUAAUUCCCAAAUGUGCCGUUCUUGAGUGUCUGUGCUGGUUAGAGCUCGGCAGAGUAACCGUGUAAUACUCUUCCAAAUCAGUAGGUGGCAGCAGGUAGCUAAUUGCUUUGUAGAUGUCGGGAACAUGGUUUUUCGUGAUCACAAUAUGUGGGAGGCAGCGUGCAUGUAAAAAGGGAUCUAGUGCUUAAACCAAAAAUAAACAAAAGGCAUUGAAACUUAGGGAAGGCUAUGCAAAACUAAACUGUGAAGUGAAGUGAAUUACAUUUAUAUAGCGCUUUUUCUCAAGUGACUCAAAGCGCUUUACAUUGUGAAACCCAAUAUCUAAGUUACAUUUAAACCAGUGUGGGUGGCACUGGGAGCAGGUGGGUAAAGUGUCUUGCCCAAGGACACAACGGCAGUCACUAUGAUGGCGGAAGUGGGGAUCGAACCUGCAACCCUCUGGUCACUGGCACGGCCGCUCUACCAACCGAGCUAUACCGCCCCAAAAAACUAAAACUGAACUGGCUGCAAAUUAAACAAAAACAAAAUGCUGGACGACAGCAAAGACUUACAGCAUGUGGAGCAGACGGCGUCCACAAAGUACAUCCGUACGUAACACCAAAAUAGGAGUGCAAGACAAGAACUAAAACACUACACACAGGAGAACACCAAAAAACUCAAUAUAAGUCACGGCGUGAUGUGACAGGUCGUGACACUACACCUACUUUGAGACAAGAGCUAUAGUGAUGCAUGGUUGGUUAUGGUUUGAAUUCAUAUCCAACAAUUGCGAGAACGACUUUUUACUGUCAAUAUCGGCUGCUGAGUUUCAUUUUUUUUAUUGUUUUCUGCUGGUGGUGUGCCUCAGGAUUUUUUCAAUGAAAAAAACGAGCCUUGGCUCAGAAAAGGUUGAAAAAACUGCUCUAAUACAUACAUCUUAGUAGAUGUAUUGCAUCCUCACAUAAUAUGACCAUAAUUAGUUAUCAGUUUAAAUAAAUUCCCUCCAACUUUUACACUUUACCUGUUCCCUUUGUAAAACAGCUUAUGAAAUAAAGGGACUGCUGCGUUUUGCAUAAUUGAAUCUAAAAAAUAAAAAAAAAAAGC